GCGGAGCCUCAGUGUGGCUGCCAGCCGAGCUCUUGGCUGUUGUGCUCCGGGACUCUCAAGACGCCUGCGCUCGCCGGGGCCGCCGUGGAUUGUGUACAGCAAGCCCCCUAGUGCCGCACGAGGGCAUCGCAGAAGCCGAGGAGGAGAAAGCGGCAAGCGUCCGAAGAAAGAAAAAAAAGUUGAGCGGGGCGGCGGUGCGAGCGGACUUGGGAAGAGAACUCUGGAGAGCGGGACCUCAUCGCACGGUAGCGCGCGCCCCGCGCACGCGCACCCAGACACCGACGGAUUGACUGAACGGCCAGCAGCGGUGCCAGCGACGGGACCCGCGACUCUCCGGAGCGAUGCGACUCAACUGAGCGAUGACUGGUAGGAAUGGACAGGCUGCAGCCCGCCGGAAACAUGGCGUCUGCCUCGUCUCCAGCCUCCUUGUGUGCCUCCCGUUACUGCUGGACCCGGGACCGGUGGGCGCCGAGCUGCGAUGCCGUCCGUGUCCCACCAACUGCACGUGCGAGCCAACAGCAACGGCGGUGGCCUCGUGUAGCGUUAACUGCUCGCGCAGCGGACUGGAGCGCGGACCGGAUCACUGGGACAUCCCAUCCGAGACCGACGUUCUGGAUCUCUCACACAACAGCAUUUCCUCGAUAGACGCCAGCCUCUUUGAACAUUUGACUUCCUUGAAGGAACUGUAUCUUCAGGGUAACAAUCUAAGUAACCUUCCAUAUGGUAUCUUCUGUUUGAAACCCUUGUCCAUUCUAGAUUUAAGCAACAACCAAAUUUCUACGUUGGGAGUGUGCAGUAAUUUAUUUAAUUUAAGUGAAAUAAACUUGAGCUUCAAUCCAUUUGUGUGCGAAUGCCAGCUUUUGCGGUUUGUGUCGUGGAUCGCGGAAAACCGGGUGACGGUGCACCAAGCCGAGUCCACACAGUGCGCCACUCCAGCCGAUGUGCAAGGGGUGCACUUGUUAAACGUCAGCCUCUCAAGAAUCAUGUGUGACCAAAGCUAUGUGUCCUGCCAGCUCGAUGAGCACACGGGGAAGAAGGAACUUGUCAUCUAUAAGUCCGUCAUGCCGGGGAACUUCACGAAGGAGUCCUGCAACGCCCUGUGCGUCAGCACACGCAAUGUCUACGGGGCCAUCGGCCAGAAGAACGAGUGUUUGUGCAGCAACAAUUUUGAGACGAACCUGAUCAGCGAGGCCCAGUGCUCCUCGGCUUGCUCCGACACCGCCAUCAUGCAUGGCUGCGGCUGGACUCUGGCCGAGCAGCCCUUUCUGGUCAGUUUCUUGGCCUCUCUAAGUCCCCCGGGCACCAUCGACCUGUAUGAAGUGGCCCUGCUUAACAUCAGUAUUUCUGCACCGGUCAGUGCCUUACUGUGGGAUUUCGGCGAUGACAGCCCGCAGAUAAACACGAGUAAGAGGUCCGUGGCCCACAAGUACGCGCUCCCCGGGAAGUACCGGAUCAACGUCACUCUCGUGUCGGAAAUCAAGAACAUCUUCGUCCACACGGAAAUCAACGUGGCCGUCCCGGAAAGGUGGGAACUGCGGUGUCCCGUGGCAGUAGUAGCCAAUCACAGCAUUGACAUCAGCAUGGUGGCCUGGGAUGGCCCUAACAGAACCGUGCAGUGGUGGAUCGUACCCCAUGAUGAGAGCACAGGGCAAGUGAACCUCUGCUCACUUGAUGAUGUGGGAGCUGCUCGAAGUGCCCCCUGUUACCAGCUUGUUAAGGGUGGUGCAACACUGGAGGAAGCCCAGCAGAAUUGCUCCAAAGGGGGCGCCGCGGGACGCCUGGCUGUGCUGAGAAGCCCACAGACUUUGGCAGUUCUGGCAGCGGGCAUGGAGCGUGAUGGACACGCGUGGAUUGACUUUCAGCAGGGGGCCACUAAAGAUGGGAGGAACCUCACAAACGAAGAAGCUGCUUGCUUUUCCCUUAACGCCACUGGCCAUGCGAAUCCCACGGCGUGCUCUGCCAGACACGGCUUCAUCUGUGAAUACUUACCUGAAGAGAAGAUCCUCAAUGCAGAUUACUUCAUGGAGGGGACUGUGACCUUCGAUUCAAUGUCACCCUUUGCCACCAUCAACACUGUCACAUCUCUGGGGACACCGUCUGGGAGUAUUGAGCUCCUCAGGUUCCCGGGUGUGAGCUUCAGGCAGGAAGGAGCUCUGGCCUCAGUGGAGUUUGUGACGUGCCCCUUGAAUCGGACCACCCAAGUGAGGUUUCAGUUAUUCCGUCCACAUUGUGAACACUUGGCUGGGCUGCACUUGGCUCUUCCAGGUUGUGGAGAGGCCUGCACGUCCACCUCUGUCUGUCAGCCUAAGGCCAGCGGUGCCCCUCAGGCUCCAUGCCCACCGGGUUACCAGUGGUGUCAGUUCACCGCCGACUGCCUGCCGCUGAGGAAUUCUUGCCGGCCUUCUUUGUGCAGCAACUGCUCUGGCGUGGACUCCCCUCCAGCUGGCGCCCUCCUACCUGAACUGCGCUUUGUGAAGGAGCUCCUCCUGGUGCUGCCACCCGGUGGUCCGACUCAUUAUCUGGCACACGUUUGGGGUGACAACAUCACCGUCCUCCCAGGUGACACAGUUGCUGUGCAGCACGAUGCAGACUCCGGCUCCUUAAUCGACUGCCACCACGCUGCAUCUUCACCAUGGCGGCAGGACCUUCUUUAUAUGAACCUUUCGGAGUGGACAAGAAGCCCAGUGAACGAUGAAUCAAACGUGCAGAAGGUCAGGGACUCGGUUUGUAACCUUAGGUUUCGAUACACGAGCCAAAGAGAAAGCCCGUUUGACCAUGAAGCACUAGAGGUGGGCCUCCCAACCCAAGGCGAGUACACUUUCUAUGCACAGACGAAAAGCAGAACUCUGGCCGACGCUCUUUCCUGCACUUUCCAAGUGGUUGCUCCACUGGCCUUGACGGUCGUCUACCCGACUCCACAAGAGGGCAUCAUCUAUGUCUCACGAGACCAGAGCUUCAUACUGGUGAAAGUCCACUCCAAAGCCAACGUGACAGCCCACUGGGACGGAGGCAACCAGACCUUCACAUUCACAAGGAAAUGUCCGGCCGAGGCGGCCCACCUGAAGGAGUGUGCGGCGGACUUGAGCGAUGGCACCCAGUUUGCAGUUGUCGAUCUGGACUUCGGCAAUUCCACCUCCGUCUCUUUUCUUCUCAUCGCGGAGGACGGAGUGAGUCGUGAAAACCUCACGCUGGAGGUCAAAGUUGAGGACGCUGUCAGAGGCCUUCGUGUCCUUCCCGACCCAAACCAACGGGUUCUGGUUAAUUUAUUAGUGAGUUACACUGCGCAAGUGGACGCCGGUUCCGAUGUUAGCUUCCGCUGGACUGUCGACGACAAGCCCUCCUUCACGUACUACAACACCGUGCUGAAUGUCAUCUACCAGAACGCGGCCGUCUACAAGCUUUCGGUCACCGCGAUGAACCACGUCAGCAAUGUCACCGAGGAUUUCAACGUGACUGUGGACAUGAUGUGGAAGAUGAGCCACCUGACUGUCACCGGGAUCCCCGAUGUCGCGGCUCAGAACGCAACACUCGCCUUCAGUGCCCGAGUUCAGGUGGAUUCGGCCGUGGAGGCGACUUUCCGGUGGAUUUUCGGGGAUGGAGGCAACGAAACGGCUCAUGUUAAGCCCCCUUACGGCACCACCCUCGAUGUACCACAGGCCGUGGUGGAAAGCAACGUCACUUACGCUUACAGGGAAGCAGGAGAAUACACGUUGACCCUGAUCGUUUCCAACCACCAUGAAAACCUGACCUACGCGGUGCCCGUGUCCGUCCGCCUGCUCCUCACCGACAUCCUCGUCGAAGUGAUUUCACCCAUCCUGGUGGUCAAUCAGACGGCCGUAUUCAGCGCCCGGGCCCUGCCCUCUUCAGACGGGGUCAUUUACACGUGGAGCUUCGGUGACGACUCUGAGCCUUUCCAGGGCCAGGAGCUCGAGAGUUACGUCUUCCAAAAAAGUGGCCCCUACAACGUGAGCGUCCGGGCCAAUAACACGGUCAGCUGGGCUCAAACCAAAAUCGGUGUCAUGGUGCUCGAGGAGAUCACGGGGCUGGCGGCCUCCUCCAGCUCACCCACCGAACUCCACACGGAGACGGCGAUCGUGGCCUCCGUGGAAACGGGCAACGACAUCCGCUGGACGUUCGAUAUGGGAGACGGGACCGUGCUGAGCAGCCGGCGACCCUCGGUGCUGCACCGAUACGUCAAGGAAGCCAACUACACGGUGAACGUGAGCGCCGCCAACGCGGCCAGCUCCUCCUGGGUGACCCUGAGCGUGGAAGUGUUUGUGCUGGAGGUGCUGCGGCUCGAGCCUAGCAGGUGCAUUCAGCAGCUCCUCGACGUCAGCUUUGUCGCCUUUGUGUCGGGGAAUUCCUCCCUCUACGUCUACGACUGGAACUUUGGGGACGGCUCCCCGAACCUGACCGUCCGGGGGAGUUCAGAGGUGGCGCACCUCUUUGAGAACAGUGGGCUUUAUCACCUCUCCCUGGCACUCUCCAGCAGCGUCAACAAGGCGAACUUCUUCACCAGCGUGUGCGUUGAGCCCCUGAUCGCCAACGUGUCCUUGACUGUGCUCAACCCGUACACCCGGCUGGGUGAAGAGAGCCGGUUUUCCGCCAUUGCCUUCCCCGAUUACGCGUACAGCUAUGUUUGGGAUUUCGGCGCCAAUGAUUCGUCUCUGCGGGGGUCCGGUGAGGUAGCCUUCACUUACCAGGCUGCGGGACGCUACGUGGUGACGGUGACCGUGCUCAAUAACAUCUCGUCCAUCAAUGAUACCGGGCUGGUGGAGGUUCAGGAGCCCAUUGGCACGGUCGGCAUCGAGCAUAACGGAACAAAGUGGAACAACCUAACGGUAUCCCAGUCCUACACCUUCACCGCGUCUGGCGACCGCAGAACGGCCAACUAUACGUGGGACUUUGGCGACGGCACCGUCCAGUCGGGCCCCAGUGUCACGCACGCCUACGAGGUGACGGGUCUCUUCAACGUUUCUCUCGUCGUCGGCAAUGACGUCAGCAGCAGCGAGUCGCAGGUGACGGUGGCGGUCAGGAGCCCAAUCCGUGACCUGAAGGUGACCGCCAGUCGCAUCAACGUCCCCUUGAAUGGAUCGGUGUGCUUUGAGGCGUCCCACUCUGCGGGGGACAAUAUCCGCUAUUCCUGGAUCCUGUGUGACCGGUGCACGCCCAUCAACGGCCAGGUGACCAUCUCCUACACGUUCCGCUCCAUCGGCACAUUUAACAUCAUCGUGACCGCGGAAAACGACGUCAGCUCCAUGCAGGCCAGCAUCUUUAUCUACGUGCUGAAGGAACUGGAGGGGCUGCAGAUCGUCACGGAGGACCUCGUUGAUGGCUGCUGCAUCGCCACCAACCGAAGCCUGCAAUUGCAGGCCGUCCUCAGAGAUGGGACCAACAUGUCCUACGCCUGGGUGAUCCUCAGGCACCAGACGGUGGUUCAGGAGUUCACCAGCAAGGUAAUCGGGUGGGUCUUCCCAGAGGCGGCCCCCUACGAGGUCGUGCUGAGAGCCACCAACCUGCUGGGUAGCACCAGUGUGAACAGAACCAUCGACGUCUUGGACCCCGUGGGGAGCGUCACCACGACGGUGCUGCCUAACCCCGUGAAGGUCAAUGGCUCCUCCACCGUCCACCUGGUGGUAAGCGGCGGUACCGCCCUUUACUACACCUGGCCCACUGAAGACCAAGGGAUGACAGUGACCAACGAAUCUCAGAGGACCUACAAGUUUGCCGAGCCGGGACUCAAAGUCCUGCAGAUUGUAGUCGCCAACAAAGUGAGUUGUAAAAAUGAGACGAUCCAGCUGAGUGUGCAGGAGCCGGUGGUCCAGGCCUCCUUUGUGGCCCUCGAUCAUCUCAGCCCCUACUACGUGGUGACGGGGUCCGGCGUGACGUUUCUGGGGGCAGUGCAGAUGGGUACCAACCUCACGUGGCUGUGGAAUCUGCAGGAGCUGACGCUGUUUGGCCAGAGAGUGACGCACCAGUUUAGUGCCCCGGGGGUCUUCACGGUGACCUUAAACGUCUCCAACGACGUCAGCUGGGCCAUAGCAUCAGAGAACAUAAGCGUCCAAGAUAAAGUCGAGGGUCUCGAGCUAAAAGCCAGCAAGAACAUCGCCGCCAUUAGGGAGAACGUGCUCUUCAUGAUCGGCAUCUCCUCAGGGACUUCCGUCAGCUUCCUCUUGACCAUCAGCGGCGACUCGUCAGUCUUGUUUUACAACCACAACUACACCCACCAGUUCACCAAGAUGGGCAACUUCAUCGUCAACCUGACGGCCCAGAACCAGGUGAGCAUGGAGAGGACCAGCACCACGGUCUGCGUGAUGGAGCCCGUCAGCCGCCUGCGCAUCGUCAACUGCUGCGAAGACGCCAUCCCAGUCGGGGUCAGCCGCAUCUUCAGUGCCGAAACGCAGACGGGCUCCCCGUUGACCUUCCUUUGGACCUUUGACCUCCACUCUGGGCUCAAGCAGACCAUCAUUGGGAAGCAGGUGUCCUACAUGCCGCUCCAGGCUGGACCUCUGACCAUUUAUCUCAGUGCCUUUAAUGCCCUGGGAAGCCAAAACAUAACCAGGGAGCUGCAGGCCCAGAACCGACUGGUCAGCUCCGCCGUGGAGGCCCGGCCGGCCGACACCUUUGUCAACAAGCCGCUGCUCUUUCACGCCUUGGCGCUCCCCAGUGCCAGUCAGGUGUCGUACCUGUGGAACUUUGGCGACGGCUCCGACAGGGUCAGGACCACCUUCACCAACAUCUCGCAUGCCUAUUUGCUCGAGGGGAACUACACCGUGGAGGUGAACGCCAGCAACCUCGUCAGCUUUGUGAUGGCUUGGAAAAAAAUCACCAUCCGAGUCCUGGGCUGUGACGAGCCUGAGGUGGUGCCCGUCUUGUCUCACAUCGUCCUCAAGAGGUCGCAGGGCAACUACCUGGAGGCGGCGGUUGACCUGCGGGGCUGCACCAAGUACGACGUCACCUACCUGUGGGAAAUCUAUCGCUCUACGACCUGUGCCAACUGUCGGGAGCCGAUGAGGGUCCGCCUGCCGGCGGAUGUGCGGGGUCCUCAGCUGGUCCUUCCCAAGAUGAGCCUGGAUCUGGGCAGCUACUGUGUGCUCUUCUCCUUGUCUUACGUAGGAGUGCCGCUCACCAAGACCAUCGCUAUCUCCUUGAGCGUGGUCCCCAGCAGACUCGUGCCGAUAAUCGAUGGGGGGACAUUCCGGGUUUGGUCCAAAACUCAGAAUCUGGUGCUGAAUGGCGACAAGUCGUAUGAUCCAAACCUUGAAGCGGACAGCCAGUCUCCACUGAACUACUCGUGGGCAUGCGUGUCUUCCUCAAAGACGCCAUCCUCUGGCUGCAAGUUGAACUGCACGUCCAAAGACAAGACACUGGUGAUUGCCGAGAACCUGUUAGAGGUGAAUGUGGAGUACACGUUCCUUCUGGGCAUCAGCAAGCCGAACAUGAGCCCCGAGUACACCAACCAGACGGUCUUGGUGAAGAAUGGCACCAUCCCCAUUGUCUCCAUCGAGUGCAUCUCCUGCAAGGCCCAGUCAGUCUACGAAGUGAGCCAGAGCUCCUACAUCUACCUGGCAGGAACCUGCAGCAACUGUCAAGAUAACCUGCACACGGGGCGCUGGUUUGCAUGCAGCUCAGAGAAUCAAUCCCUGGAAUUGAACAUGACCACAACUUCCACUGGACGCUUUGGCAUGAACCUGGUGGUCAGGCAGGGGGUCCUAAAAGAUGGAGACACAUAUACCUUCAGCCUGCAUGUGCGAGACCCUCUGAUGGAGAACGAGGGGUUUGCUUCCAUCGUUCUUAGGCCCAAUCUGCCACCAGCUGGGGGAUUCUGCACCAUCAGACCCAGCAGCAGAGUCAGUGCUUUGACCACAAAAGUCCACUUCAGCUGCUCCGGUUACCGGGACUCGGAAGAUUCCGGAACGCCGCUGAUCUACAGUCUGACGGCUUCACGCUGCAGCGCCCGGGGGCACUGCGAGGUCUUCAGCGUCUACAAAGGCUCCAACCCGGAGUACUCGACCUUCCUUCCCAUUGGGUUCAGGGAAAGUAACUACCAGCUGAACGUGUCCAUCACCGUGCAGGACCAGCAGGGGGCAGCCAUCGUGGCCCUGAACCAGUCCCUGAAGGUGGCGCUCCCCGAACUGCCAGGAGACUUCCAGAGCCUCACUCACUGGAUGUGUCACCAGAUGGAAGGCACCUUGCAGGACCUGCUGAAGCUUGGGGACCCUCAACAGAUCCGGGAAUACUGCUUGGCGCUAAUCACACUGCUGAACGAGUACGAACAAAAUGACAACCAAAUCUUGGAGUCUCAGAGUGAGAGGAGCUGGAGAGUCAUGAUCCGCAGCAACGUCACCCUGGCCCUGGUCUCCCUGAAGGUGAACACCGUGGAUGACAUCCAGCAGACUUCGGCGGCGCUGGCUCAGUGCACGGCUGUUAGCAGAGAAUUUAUUUGUGAAGAAUGCCAGCGUAAAACCUUAAACAAAUUGGAGUACAUGUUGACAAUCCUGCAGAACGACACAAAGCGAGGCACCGUGACGCCCACUGAAAUCGCCGACAACAUCCUGAACAUAAUGGGUGACCUGAUUCAUGUUGUUAACCAGAAGGCAGACCCUGAAGAAUCAGAAGACAAGUCCCACUGCUGCACAGACCAGCACCAGCUACUGGCGUCCAAGGCCUACACGCUGUCCUCGGAGCUGAUGCGUAUUCUCAUGAACUCCCGCGUCCUCAACGAGGAGCCCCUGGUCCUCCGCGGGUCGGAGAUCACCACCAAGGGCAUCCGGGCCGACCCCCUGAACCUGCUCUGCUACCUGCCUGCCCCCGGGUGCCCCUUCUCCAUCCCCAAAGACUUCAACAGCACCCUGGGGGACAGGACGGACGUCAUCCAGGUACUCUUCCAAGUGCACUCCAACCCGUUCCCCUUCAGCUACGUGAGCAACUACUCGGUGUCCACAGAGGUGGCCUCCAUGGCCUUUCAGACAGAAGAUGGCACUCAGAUCCCCAUCCAGAGCCUGGGAUCUCGCAGGGCCAUCAAGGUCACGGUGUCCAACACCACCGGCGCCAGGAAGGUGCACUCUGGGGUGCAACACGUCGAGGCGUGGAGUUCCGUCACAGUCGUGGUGAAGACGGGCAACCAAAACAAGGCGGCCGGAGUGCACAUUGAGGUCACCUUCAACCUGUCAGACGGUGAAGCGCUGGGCGGCAGGGCAGAACCCUACAUCAGCGUUUGUCUCCAUGGUGGGCAAAGCCAGCAGGCGCACAACUGCACCUCCCAGAGAAGGAUCACCCUGAGCUCGGGCAGCGGGGCCGACCACAAGCUCUACACCUUCUUCAUCUCCCCAGAGGUCUCAGACACCACCGCAGAUUACUAUCUGAACGUCACCAACGAGUGCCCCGCACCGGUGGACCUGCAGCUGGGCGUGUACACCUCUCUGUGCCAGUACUUUGACGAUCAGGACAAGCGUUGGAAGACUGAUGGCAUGGUACCCUUGGAGGAUACCACCCCCCUGAAGGCCGUGUGCCAGACGGAGCAUCUCACAGCCUUUGGUGCCAGCUUAAUUGUGCCCCCCAACUCAGUACAGUUCAUAAUUCCGCCUCCUCGGCCGGGCCUCAACUACAUCGUCCUGCUGACCUGCACCAUGUGCUUCAUCACCGUCUCAGUGGUCAUCGUCAUCGUGUGCAAGCUGGACCUGAUCGACAUUCAGCACGUCGGGGUCGUCCCGUUCUGUGGCAAGGACGGACUUUACAAGUACGAGAUCCAGGUGAAGACAGGAUGGGGGCGAGGAUCAGGGACCACGGCUCACGUAGGAAUCAGCCUGUACGGCAGCGACGGGAGGAGCGGCCAUCGCCAUCUGGAUGGCAGGAACGCUUUUGUGCGGAACAGCAUGGACAUUUUUCACAUCGCAACUGACCACAGUCUCGGCAACAUUUGGAAGAUUCAGAUCUGGCACGACAAUAAAGGCCUGAGUCCCUCCUGGUUCCCUCAGUAUGUCAUCGUCAAAGACCUCCAGAGUGGCAAGAAGAACUUCUUCCUCAUCAACGACUGGCUUUCCGUCGACAACGAUGACAACGGUGGCUUGGUGGAGAAGGAGAUCCUGGCUGCAACGGACGCCGAGCUCCGGCGAUUCACCCGCAUCUUCAUGGUGGAGAUGGCCAGAGGAUUUUCAGAGAAGCACAUCUGGCUCUCGCUGUGGGACCGUCCUGCUCGCAGCCGCUUCACCCGAGUUCAGAGGGCCACGUGCUGCGCCGUCCUCCUCUUCCUCUUCUUCGUCACCAACUCGUUGUGGUACGGCAUCGUCGUGGACACGGACAGAAGUCCCGGCCCCGUGGCAGACCUGGUGCCGCUGAACGGGGAGAUGGCAGCCGUGGGCCUGCUGACCUGCGUCCUGGUGUACCCCGUCUACCUGCUGCUGCUGACGCUCUUCAGGAUGGCCCGCAGCAAGGCCUCCUUUGAGUUGCCCCCUGAAGAAGCCGACCAGGAGGCGUUGGAGAUCGACGACGACUUGGACACCUCGACCGUUGGCAGCUCUUUAAUGACGUUCACGGGCAUCGCCACGGAGGUGACCGCUCACUGUGCUGGCAUUUUCUGGGCUUCACAGGUGGAAUUGGCACUAUUUGACCACUGGUCACUGCUCUUGAGAGGGUGGGCUUUACAUUGGCCAAUUGUCAACUGCCCAGCAGGCACUGAAAUGGGGGCACUGGGGGGGGGUGGUUGGCCUCAACUAACGAUGCCCAUUUGUCUAAAGCUGGCAGGCCACACUAAUGGCCGAAUCUCAUUACAGGCCUACCCGGAUGACACCAACCCGGACCCCUCUGCUGCACUGUCAAAGAGCUUACACAAGAUGGCCUCCCCCGAUGUGGUGCCCACCUGGAAUGACUUCCUCAGUGACUCGUCCAUCGUGGUCAACAGUCUGCCCAAGCUGAAGAGAGGCCAGGGCAGUCGGCAUCUGGGCGUGGACAUGACACUGGCACCCGAGGAAGACGACUUGUACAGCCACAGGAACAAAUACUUCACCGCUUCAGAUGAGGACUUGAUUCGGAAGAUCCUGGCUGAUGGGCAUGGGCAGGCGCCAAGGCUGAUGGACAUGGACCAGUUUCUCUCUCCAAGCGAAUCGGAGCUGUUGACGGUCUUUGGCGAUAAAACCGAAGUCAUCAUCCUGCAGAAGCUGAACGAGCCGAGGACGUCGAGAUGCCAGCUGGCGUCAAGGUCAGCGUAUGCCCAGGCAGCAGACGGCGGUGGCUCCUUGGCGCUACUCCCACCCUGGUGCAGCCACACGGCCCACGUGCUCGGCCUCCUCAUGUGCGCUGGCGCCUUUGGCGUCUCCGUCUGGAUCGGCGUGGGCUUCUCGUCCCAAGUGGCGCUCAAGUGGCUCAUCUCUGGCAUCUUCAGCUUCUUGGCCUCUUUCUUGGUGCUGGAGCCCCUGAAGGUGGUGGUCGAAGCCCUCUACUUCUCCUUGGCCAUCAAGCGGCUGUACCCCGAGGAGAGCGACACGCUGGUGGAGAACCCGCAGGUGGAGCACAUUUCCGAGAAGGUCACCCGCGUGCGGCCCCCCCAGGGCUUCGCUCUUUUUCAGGCCAAGGAGGAGGCCAAAAAGGUCAAAAUGCUGCACACCAUGCUGAAGAAUUUCCUCGUCUACAUGCUCUUCCUGCUGGUCAUCCUGUUAACCAACUACGGCGACUCCUUCGGCGACACCAAUGCCCGCCGCCUGCAGUGCCUCGUUCAGCAGCAGCUCGAGUCGACGGCGUUUGGCAGCAUUUCCAAGCCGCACGAGUUUUGGAUCUGGCUGUCGGAGACAUUGCUGCCUUACCUGUACGGGAACAAAACUCUGACGGACGCCUGCAACGUCCUGCUGGGCAGCCCGCGUCUGCGGCAGGUCCGCUCCCUAGACGAGUUAGCAGAGGAUGCCAGGAGCCCAGCAGGGGGCAGCACUUCCAGUGCAAACACACGGGUGGCCAGGAUGAACGCGAGUGACGUCUGGGCGUAUGUCCCUCCAGGGCUGCCGGGGGUCUGGCACUGGGGGCAGUUGUCCAUUUACGACAGCGGUGGCUUCGUGAAGGAGCUUGGAAACAACAGCCGUGAUGCUGGUGCCAUCGUGCAAAGCCUCCGGCGUUGGGGCUGGCUGGACAGUCGGACCCGGGUGGUCUUUCUGGAGUUCACACUUUACAACACCAACACGGACCUUUAUGCGGUGGUCACGUUUCUGGCCGAGUUCCCACCGGCAGGAGGCGCAUACACAUCACUGGACGUCAGUGUCAUCGCCUUGGCACGACAGGGGGCCGGGGUCGACCUACUCUUUGUCAUGAUGGUCUUCUUGCUGGUCUUCGUCAUUUACUUUGCGGUCCACGAGGCGCAGUCCAUGAAGAGGCAGGGCUGCUCGUACCUGCGCCGGCCCUGGCACCUCCUGCAGUUGGUCAUCACGGGGCUGUCGGCGGCCGCCCUGCUCCUCCACUUUGUCUGCUGCAGUGCCGCCGAGCGCCAGUGGGACCACCAGCUGACCCAGAGGGGCCGCUUCACCGACUUCUACCAGGUGGCCUUCCUGCGCUCGCUCUUCAGCGACUCGGCCGCCGUGCUGCUUUUCCUCCUCACCCUGAAGGCGGCUCGCCAGCUGCGUUUCCUCAGAGAGUGGUCAGUGCUGGGUAAGACCGUGUGGCACUCCGCCCGGGAGCUGGCUGGCGCGGCCAUGGCCUUCACGCUGGUCCUCCUCUCGUUUGCCCAGCUCGGGUAUUUGAUGUUCUGCGCAGACUUGGAAGCCUUUGGCACUUUGGGCUCGGCCACCAUGUCUUUGCUGUCGGUGGCCCGAGCGUCACUGUCACUGCAUGUCCACCUGCCGGAGCAGGCGCUCGUCUGCCUCUUCUACAUCAGCUACGUCAGCCUGGAGACCUGCAUCAUCAUCAAGAUCUUCGCCGCCGUGUUCAUCCGGAACUACAGCCUGGUCCGCGCCGAGAUGUACCGGCCUGCCAUCGAGCCUCAGGAUUACGAGAUGGUCGAGCUGUUUGUGCGGCGCCUAAAGAUGUGGAUGGGCAUCAGCAAGGCCAAGGAGUUCCGCCACAGAGUCCAGUUUGAAGGGAUGGAGCCCUUGCCCUCCCGAUCGUCCAGUGCCUCCAAAUCUCUGCGCCUGCCAACUCCGGACACCGCCUCGGACAUCUCCUUCAACUCCACCUUAUCGGGUCAGGCCGAGAGCCUGCCGCCGGGUAGCUGUCAGGAGAGACCCGAGACCGAGGCCAACAUGCUGCGCCUCCUGCCCGUCUUCGAAGCCCUGCUACUCCAGUUUGACCGGGUAAACAAAGUCACCGAGGACGUCUACCAGACCGAGUGUCGCCUGGAACUCCUGCAGAGGAGCAUCAACAGGAGCAAAGGGGUGCAGAUGACGGGAAUCCUGCUCAACAAGUACUGCCUGAUGAACCCCCAGUCUGACCGCGAGGCUGAGGACAGGAAAGCCACUGCGCCCAGCAGCUUGUUCAGGCACCCCGCACACACAGCCACCGUCCCGAUGAAAAAGAGAAAGCCCACAGUGCCAAAGAACAAGGUGCACCCCAAUACAGAUAUGCUGAGAACAUAGCGCCCCCUUGCUCAACACCAUGCCACUACACACCAAAGCUCAAACUCGACCCAGCAGGCUGGGCAGUUACCACUUUUAUACAGGCAGCUAUCUGGAGAAGCUUCUGUUCCACAUGCCAAUGGAUGGCACAGCUCCUCCGGCUCAGGAUCAUCACAUGCUAUUCUUGUGGAGGAGCCCGUCACCCGCUCGAGUCCGAGUGACGCCCCUUCUGAUUGUGUUCCUGUUGUUGACUUUUGGAGCUUGGCGAGCUGGCGCUGGUCACCAGCUGACCUCGUGUGGCCCCGGAGGCCCAAGGCACACCAAGCAGUUGGGCUCAAGUGUGUGUGUGUGUGUGUGUGUGUCUGUGUGUGCCUGCACAUGGUUAAGGACUUGUGAAUGAUGAUCCGAGUGGAAACGAGUUGACGGAGAGCUGGAGGGGCAUUGGCAUGGCGGUCAGACCUGCUGCCACUCAAAGCCCCUCAGAAGCACUUUGGUCAAGUUCAAGCGGGCAGCAUGCGAUUCUCUUGCGUCCCCAGAGUUGAGGGCAUUUCCCGUUCCCUUCUACUUGGCACUUUAUUGUUAAAAUUACAUAACUUUUAUUUUGAUUUUUUUUUUAAUACGCAGGGGGCGAUUUCUAGGGAACUUCUACACUUGCUCUGCCUUGAAGCUCGUGCUGGCACGAUGAAGGCUUGCUAUGCGCUUACUCAGGGAUCCCAGAGUCGUGUCCUCCUCAAUUCAAUCGAGACUAACAAAGAACGACACCCACCUCAAAAGUCAAGGGCAAGGGGGGUGGGCACCAACCUUUAAGCUAAUGUUCUUAAUGAAAGGCAAACGCGGCCUUGGUCACUUGGUGUCAGCUGGUGUCACCCCAGCUGGCUUUUUGUAAAGAUGUUGGGGGGAGGGGUGGGCACUGAACGGAGGCAGGCUAUGUGCACCAUGCCACUUUAAAACAGACUGGCGGGCGAGUUCUUUACUCAGCACUACUUUUAAUGUUCUUUAUCUCACAAGUACUCGGUAGCCACUCCUCAAGAUUAACAAUUUUUUCCUUUAUUGCACCUUAUUACGUGGUUGGCGUCCUCUUUUUCUUUUUCUUUUUUUUUUUAAGGGAACCGCAGAGCCAAAAUAAAAGGACAAAGAUGGUGAGGGGUGCAAUGCCAUUUAAAAAGUGCUCCCACCCAGUCCUUCAAAUGUGCCAAACGGAUAAUCGGGUGUCUGCUGCAUUUUUCCUUAUCCUUCAUUUAUUCUGGCUCAGGGUCUGCUGGCGGACUCGUCUUCAGUCCCCCAAGCCGUCACCCGUAAGUCAGCCUUUUCUCAUGGUUGUGCAUGGUACCGGGCCUUGAGUGGCCAUUUUUGCCACCGUGAGAAGGCACUAUACUGGCAUGACAAUCAUUUUGUGUUGGCAGAACGUUAGUUAUGGGUGUAUUUUCACUCAGGCAUUGGCCAGCCUGCCAGAUUGAGGCUGUCCAGGGGGCACGCCGACUCGCGUGCAUCGACUUCAGGGCCCCUUUAGUCAGGUUUUUAAUGCACCCUGAGAAUAACUAACUUUUUUUUUUGGUAAUAUUUAAUUAUUAAUAAACUUUGUUAUUGAAGAUCCCCCAGAAGAUCUGUAAUAGACGGGCUGUCCCUGCACUUGCUUUUUGCUUGGGUCGCUUUCUACCAUGGAUUGUGCCGCUUGUUAACAUCUCUGUAUCAGACAAAAUCAAAUAAAGAUUUGAUGGCUAUG